GCCGAACUGUUCCGACUGUAGGCGAAGUGCGUCGUGCUCGGACUGUGCUUUGCAGAGACAGGUAACGUCUUUCAGUCGAGUGCAUUCGAUCCCUGCCGUAGUGAUUCGGGAACCAAGUCACUUGUACACAGACACACACACACACACCCCCUCCCAGCUCGCGUCAUCGGCGGCGGCCAUGUUCGGAGUGGCUGUUCCGGGAUUGACAGUUUCAUACUCGGGGAGAGUACUGGCGCUUGCUGGAGACGCCGAGCAAGUUAGAAUCAUCAAGCUGUUGGGAAGGAAUACAGGGAAUCACCAUCAACAGGCUGCUGCGUAGGAACGCGUACGCUCUAUUCUUCUGGUUAAGAGGGGAGAACACAUCUAUCGCCGUGGUGUCGUAUUAAAUCACUGAGAAGGUGUGUUUUUGGGCUUUUUCUACAGAGGUCGAGUUCCGCUUGGCCUGGCCCAGCCCCGAAUCCCCGAGCUCGAUUUGAAUUCCUGUGCCGGAGAACAAACUCCGCCUCCUUCCCGAAUCAACCAGCAGCAGCACCACCACCACCACCACCACCUAUAUUUUUGGGAUAACUUCCUCGAGGGGAAGUAUAAGCUUCUUCAAAUGUAACGGCAUACUUUUUUUACUUUUGUUUUUUUUUUUUGUUUGUUUUUAUUUAAUUUUAUUUUUAUACAUAGAUUUGUCUGAACGGUUGAAAACUUUCUGUACAUAGAUAUAUAUAUAUAUUUUGGUGGAAGGCUCGGUUUUAUUUUUGUUACAGUAAAAUUUUUAUCUUCAAUGCGAGGCGCAACCUGUUGAUUUUUAUGUAUUUUUGCUGUACGUUCAGCAGAUUUUAAAUCCUUUUUUGAAACCUCAAAAUGUCUACCAGAACGCCAUUACCUACAGUGAAUGAAAAAGUCUCCGAUCAGCACUCCUCUGGGCAAAGUGAAGGAAAGACUGGUAGUCGAAUGAAUAUGCCCCACUGCCGUAACCCCAAUUCUUCUACUGCAGAUGAGCAGCCCCACAUUGGCAACUAUAGACUACUCAAAACCAUUGGCAAAGGCAACUUUGCCAAAGUUAAGCUGGCACGGCAUGUUCUUACUGGCAAAGAGGUUGCAGUUAAAAUUAUUGACAAAACACAGCUGAAUUCCUCUAGUCUUCAAAAGCUAUUUCGUGAAGUAAGAAUAAUGAAGAUGUUAAAUCACCCCAAUAUAGUUAAAUUAUUUGAAGUUAUAGAAACAGAGAAAACACUUUAUUUAGUAAUGGAAUACGCUAGUGGAGGUGAAGUUUUUGAUUAUUUAGUUGCACAUGGAAGAAUGAAAGAAAAAGAAGCUAGAGCAAAAUUUCGACAGAUAGUAUCAGCUGUGCAGUAUUGUCAUCAGAAAUGCAUUGUACAUAGAGAUCUUAAGGCUGAAAAUCUUCUUUUGGAUGCAGAUAUGAACAUUAAAAUAGCAGAUUUUGGUUUCAGUAAUGAGUUCACUCUGGGAAACAAGUUGGAUACUUUUUGUGGUAGCCCCCCCUAUGCAGCCCCUGAACUUUUCCAAGGAAAGAAGUAUGAUGGGCCUGAGGUUGAUGUCUGGAGCCUUGGUGUAAUUCUCUACACUCUAGUCAGUGGUUCAUUACCAUUUGAUGGACAGAAUCUAAAGGAGCUGAGAGAGCGGGUUUUGCGAGGAAAGUACAGAAUACCUUUUUACAUGUCAACAGACUGUGAAAAUCUUCUGAAGAAAUUCCUUAUCCUUAACCCAGCCAAGCGGGGAAGCUUAGAGCAGCAAAUAAUGAAAGAUCGAUGGAUGAAUGUUGGACAUGAAGACGAGGAACUAAAACCCUAUUUGGAACCCACUCCUGAUUACAAAGACCCCAAAAGGACAGAUAUCAUGAUUCAAAUGGGCUACUCUCAAGAAGAAAUUCAGGACUCUCUGGUAAACCAAAAAUAUAAUGAAGUCAUGGCAACAUACCUCUUGCUAGGGUACAAGACUUCAGAGCUGGAUGAUGGGAGUAAUUUGUCUCUAAAACCACGACCAGGAAGUGACCUCACAAACACCAACAUCCAAUCCCCUUCACACAAGGUACACCGUAGCGUCUCCACUGGACAGAAAUCUAAGAAACCUGGCAUGGAGCAAGGUACCUCAAUAUCAUCGUCAAAUUCUUACUCUAAACGCUCUCAGAUAAACUCCUCAGACAGUAAACACCAUGGGGAUGAGCCUUCUCGCAAAUCCAGCAGCACUGUGAAAGUGCCAGCCAGUCCUCUCUCUGGUACUGACAGAAAAAAGACUACCCCAACACCCUCCACAAACAGCAUUCUAUCCACUGGCACAAGCAGAAGCAGGAACUCUCCAAUGAUGGAACGAUCUAGCCUUGGCCAAUCCUCAAUACAAAAUGGCAAGGAUAGUUUAACCACACCGGGUUCCAGGGCUUCAACUGCUUCCGCUUCCGCAGUUCUGACAUCAUCAGCACGGCCACGCCAUGUGAAAUCCCAAUCCACGUCCGUCCACCCCAGCAAGGUCACGCUGCCCCCCACGGACAACCACUGUGAGGCGCAGCGGCCCAGUACGGCCCCUCAGCGAGCCCCUGUGGCAUCUCCCUCAGCUCACAAUAUCAGUACUGCUGCUGUAACAGACCGUACCAACUUUCCUAGGGGUCUAGCCAGUCGAAGCACCUUCCAUGCAGGACAACAGCGUGCUACCCGGGACCAGCAUGGAAUAGCCUACAAUGGUCCACCAGCUUCACCUUCACUCUCCCAUGGCAACAGUCAGGCUCGGCGAGCAGGACCAACUGGCAUCUUUAGCAAGUUCACCUCCAAGUUUGUGCGCAGAAAUCUGUCAUUCAGAUUUUCCAGAAGGAACCCGUAUGAGGGAGAGAACAGAGAACGAGAUGAGGGGAGCAGGCCUGUUAUGGCAGGAGAAAAAGAAAAAGAUGAGAACAAAGAUGCAAAACCACGAUCGUUACGCUUUACCUGGAGUAUGAAGACCACAAGCUCCAUGGAACCCAAUGAAAUGAUGAAGGAGAUAAAGAAAGUGCUAGAUUCCAACAGCUGCGAGUAUGAUGUGCGUGAAAAGUACAUGCUAUUUUGUGUUCAUGGAAACCCAUCACAUGAGAACUAUGUUCAGUGGGAGAUGGAAGUAUGCAAACUGCCACGUCUGUCACUCAAUGGUGUGCGGUUCAAGAGGAUAGCUGGUUCAUCUAUUGCGUUCAAGAACAUUGCCUCCAAAAUUGCCAAUGAGCUUAAACUCUGACCAACAGAACUGAAAAAGCAAAAGGUUUCUCCCCAGUCCCUAAUAUACAAAUAUCCCAAUUAUCCUCCCUCUUUCUGUCUUUAAUUCUUCAUAUAUAUGUGUGUAUGCAUGUAUGUUUAUAUAUAUAUAUAUAUAUAUAUAUAUAUAUAUAUAUAUAUAUAUAUAUAUAUACAUACACACACACACACACACAGUAUACAUAUGAAGAUUUAAAAAAAAAAAGUCACUCUUUUGUUCAGCUUUAUUUAAGUAUUCAAGAAACGUAUGUCUCCUUGAAAAGAAACUUUGAGAGUCUGUGGUAAGCAACAUUUCUAGGAACUUGAUAAUCCUAAAAUAAAAACACACACACACAAAAACUGUUAUCCCAUAACUGGAGUGGUUUGUAGCAGCGUGUGCUUUAGUGUCUUUACAUUGUUUUUGGAGGUACUGCAAAAUAAAAAAUCUAAAUUUGAUCAUAAAUCAACCUCUAGAAUAAAUACAUAUCAGAACAUGUAUGCCCCACAAUUGACAGUAGCUUUAAUCUCCAAGGAAUAUAGCAUCUGAAAUCGAAUAACUGUUAAAUUAUUAAAAACUGAAAAGUAGCUUCAUACAACAGAUAACACAGAACAAUGUACAGAGUCCAAAGGAGCAGUAUUGGUGGCAUCACUAAAUCCUGACUUUUUGGUCUGAAGAUGUUUCUCAUAAGCACUGCUACUGUCAUUUAAUUUGUUUAUUUGUCUGUCUUUAUUUCUUGGCGUUAUUGUACAAAGUCUUUCAUUUGCACAGGUUCACAAAGGAAGAUAACGUAUUGGUGUCUUCUGACCAUUAUUUUUUAUUGCUACUUAAUAAUGGAAUAUAGUCACAUACCCCAUUCAGUGAAGAGAAUGAUGUGAACACAGAAAUGAACACAUUGUGCAUAUCAGAGGGUGUGAUAUAGCAUUUUUUGCUAUGGUUUAUAUUUGUCUAUCUCUGUAUGUAUAUAUACACAUAUAUAUAUAUGUAUGUAUAUAUAAGUAUAUGUAUAUAUAUAUAUAUAUAUAUAUAUAUAUAUAUAUAUAUAUAUAUAUAUAUGAUUGUGUAUGUGUGUGUAUAUAUACCAGUAUAUUUAAAAUGAUACUUUAGUCAGUAUCGUUUUGUCUUGCAUAAUAUUGUGGGACUACUAUCUUUUUGAAUAGACAUAUGGAGUAAUACCAACACGGAUUGUAAUGUCAGUGAAUGGUUUGUAGUCUCUGCUCAAUAUCUCUCUUUAUUUUACAUACAUACAUACAUACAUACAUAUAUAUAUAUAUAUAUAUAUAUAUAUAUAUAUAUAUAAUGUUUAGUGUUUUGGGUUCCUAAUUUUAAAUGAGACAACAAAUCUAAAUUAGAUUAUUCUUCACUAGGCUACACAGACCUGUGUUUUUGAUAAACAUGGAGCAUAAUCUUAUAAAGGUGCUGGGUUUAGAUUUUUUAUUGAAUUUUGUUGAUGUAAUUAUGUUGAUUCUGAUGUUUUUUCAUUUAUAUAUAAUAUGGGUAAUCUUUUUUGUUAGUUUUUUUUUUUUUUUUUGUCGGGGUGGGGGGCAUUUUUUCUUCAGGUUAAAUGAUUAUAAAUAAUGAUACAUUAUUAAAGAGGCAUUAAGAUGCUUUGAGCUUCCAAAUACAGGCUGUAGACAUUUUUUUAAAGAACGGUUUCUUUUAAUUACUACAUUUUUGAUUUGGCCAUUUGGUACCUCAUAAAUUGGCAAACUAUCAACUCAGCUGAUAAAUGCAAAAAUGGCUAUUGGUACCUUUUGUUGGAUGUCCAAAAGAUACAUGCCAUUCCUGAACAUAUUUCUUCAGGUUUCUAUCUUUUCAGUGUUUGAGGAAAAUCGAGAAGAACGAAAAAAAAACGUUACACCCAAAACAGUUAUUGCCCUGAACAUUGCUUAAAGCAGAGAUGAGGUGUGUUCCUACUUCGAAGAGCAAAAGGAGAGGUUUUACUAUUUGAGUGCAGAAGUGAAUAUGAUUUGCUUUUACAAAAUACUCGUUCCUCCGCAAAGGAAAACUGUUUUUCUUGUACUCUGACGUUUGAGUAUAAUCAUUGCUGGAUUGUAUAAUAACACUGAAGUUUGAGAUGUCUGGACAGGGCUUGGGUGACUACCGUACAAAGUUCAUUUGCCAUUUACUGCUCAGUAUUGCUGUUAAGUCUCUGCAUACAUGUAAAAAUCAAAUGAUCGCAGGGAGAAACUUGGUACGCUAGUAUGUUUUAAAUAUUCAAAAAUACCCAACAAAUGAGACAAAGGAUCAACACGCACAUAGGAAAAGGAAUGGCAUACAGUGCUAAAGUGCUUAUGCAUGUAUAAGGAUCCUUUUUAUACUGAUUUCUAUGGGCUUUUUUGGUUAAAGUUCUUUAAUUUGUUAGAAAUACAUGAACAUGUUACCCAAAUCUUGCUCUCAAGCACAGAGUUCUAUAAUGCCCCCCCCCCCCCCCUUUUUAUUUUGCUGGCUCAAAACAUGUUUUGCACAGUCAAUUUCCCCCCCUUAAAAUUAGCUGGUUUUUGCCCAGCUGUCAAUAAAGAGAUUGUUUGGUUGUGAAGUCGGGCUGCCUCGAGUCGAAAAUGUUAUUGUCCAAGCCAAGACUUGAACUUCCAUACUGCACUUUCUUUGCUGUAAUUUCUUCGCUAUUUGAUUUUUGCACCACGUUUGGCUUUGUAAAUGGAUGUGUUUGCUUUAAAGCAGAUCUGCUGAUUUGUAAAUGCUGUUGUUAAAAUUUAUAUAUGUGUGUAUAAACACAUACAUAUAUGUGCUGGCAAAAAAAUGAGUGGUUUUUGUUUUUAAAUAAAAUUUUGGGCCUUGUCCCAAACUGUUGAUCUGAA